AUGACGACGGUUGUGUUGAAAAUGCUGUGCAUUCUGCUCUUUGCGGUGUUCAUCUCUGCUCAAGUCAUGCCCAUGACUGACUUCGACCUGGAAAAGAUGGGAGGAAAGUGGUAUCUUGUUGGCUUUGCUACAAAUGCAAAAAGGUUUGUGACACAUCACAAGGCUGACAUGAAGAUGGCAACUGCCGUAAUGGUGCCUACUGAAGAUGGAGACCUUGACAUCAGUUACGGUCAUCUAAAGAGUGAUGGUUCCUGCUUCAGGAUGCAUCAUCUUGCCAAGAAAACUGAGAUUACUGGACGCUUUGUCUUCGACAACGAGCUUUGGGGAAAUUCCAAUUAUAUGCAUGUGGUCAAUGGCAAAUUUGAUGAGUAUGCUCUUGUUCACACCAUCAAGACCCAGGGAGGGGAAUCUGAGAUUCUCAGCAAACUCCACACUCGUACCACAAAAAUAACUGAUGACUUGAAGGAGAAGUUUAAGCAGUUCCGCCUGGACACCGGCAUCCUUGAGGAAAACAUUGCCAUAUUGCCAAUGAAUGGAGAAUGCUCAGAUGCUAAAGUAUCUCAUCCAUCAAAGAAAAUCUAAAACAAAUUCAUGUAAAUUCAUGUUCAAAUUUUGUAAGGAUGGAAAC